AUGCGUUUUAUGAACAGAUAUCUGUUGUUGUUUGUGAGCAUUUUAUUUAGCGUGAGUGGAGACAGCACUGAGGUCAAUAGGCAACAUUCCUUGGAGUUGACCCAGUCCUUGAACUUGGCGCGGCAAGAAUUAAUCCAGGAAAGGUGUAGUCGAUAUCACUUGACGUGGUCUAUCGAUGAUUUACCUAAGAAUCAGCUUGAACACAUCUUGGUCGAUGAUGAACGCAAAUUACUCUACUGCUAUGUGCCUAAGGUGGCAUGUACUAAUUGGAAAAGAUUGCUUAUGAUACUGAGUGGGAAAUGGAAUGGCACAGAUGUCUUGGCUAUACCCGGUCACCUGGCCCAUUCUCCAGGAAUGUUUCGAAAUCUCAGUUCAGUACCAAAUGAGGAGAGAGAUGAGAUGUUGGAAAACUAUCAGAAGAUGAUAAUUGUCCGUAAUCCCUUUGAGAGAUUACUAUCAGCCUAUAGAAACAAAUUGGAGGUGGAAACGCCAAGUGCAACAUACUUUCGAAAUCGCGUAGGUAGAAGAAUAAUUAAGGCGUUCCGAGAGAAUCCUUCUAACGACUCCUUGGAGCUAGGACAUGACGUAACCUUCAGGGAGUUCGCCCUCUUUCUCACGACCAAGACAGAAGAACUGGCGGACAUGGUGAACAAUGAACACUGGCAACCGAUUAUCAACUUGUGCCACCCGUGUCUUAUUAAAUACACUUUAGUUGGUAAAUAUGAAACUCUUUUAGACGACUCACUCCUCGCCCUUCAUACAAUCAAUGCAACUGAUAAGGUGCAGUUCCCACGUCUAACACACACCUCGGGAACUGCUCAGAAGUUGCGCAAAUAUUUCUCCCAGUUGGAGUUACCUCUAAUACGAAAGCUUUAUAAACUGUACAAAUAUGAUUUUAGAAUUUUCGAUUACGAUCUCGACAAUAUUAUAGGUUUCGAUCUAGGGUGA